AUGAAUCGUGUAAACGCCGAUAGAAAUGUCAAUGCUGACACAGCCAAGAGUGUCGGGGAGAAGAUUCUAUCGUCAAUGAAUGGAAUGUUAGCCACAGAUAACUCAUUCAAACGAAGUUCCCUGGUAGUCACUAUGGCAUCGAAGUCCUUCGUAAAGAUUGACAAUGACCAAGUACACUUGUCCCUGAAAUUUUAUUUCAGCGGCUCAUCAUCGCCUGUGAUAAUUUCGAGCUUCAAGAAUUAUUUCAGUACGAGCUCUGCACAUAUCCCACAGCUCCUUUCGAUUCCCCAUUCACGUUAAGGCAUCCACAAAAGCCCGGCAGCCGCUAGCAGAUACACCAUGGACAGAGCUUACACCAGAGGCCAAGACUCUGUACAGUACAUGCUGGACGGAGGUGCUCUUCUCCAUUGAGUCCCAUGGCCAAGAGAGCCGGGUUCUCCUAAUUACAAGGAAGUGUGCGACUUACAUUGAACUUACCUGCAAAGGAAGUACGGAAGAGCGACAGUUGUGUUUGACGGGUACGACCAUAUGUCAACUAAAUCUAUAAUACAGCAGAGGUGCGUUUCAGCGAAGGUUGCUGCCACUGUCACCUUUUCAGGAAGCAUGACUAUAACUAUGAAGAAGAAUAACUUUCUCUCGCAUCCCAAGAACAAACAAAGCUUUCUGUUAAUACUAUCUGAGACUCUCCAGAAUGCAGGAUACGUAACACAGUCAGGGGUUUCAAUAAAAGUUGAAAUAGCCAGCGGGUUUGAAUAGAGUAACCGAAUGUGUAUCAACAUGGGACCAUUAGUCCCCUUUUUCUAGGGGAAAAGUUUGAAAUUUCAAAGCCCUAAAAUGCGAUUUUCAGCGUUCUGGGGACUAAAUGUGUGAACAAAAGAGCGUGUUUUUCAUUCAAAAAAAAAUCUAGCUCUCAAUUUAUUUGUCCCACAGUCAAUUCCUACAAGCAAUGAACAAAUGAACGUACUUUAAUUUGCACGUAAACAAAUUCUGCGUAAACCUAUAAAAGAAACUUGUGAAAAAAAUGACUUAAGUAUAGCGUUCACAUGGCUAAAGGAUUACGGAAAACUAGUGGGCCUUUACGAAAACACAUCAUAAUUACGUUGUCAUUCAGAUUUUAUGAUAUCUUUUUGUGUACAACGUUAUCAAACUAGUUGCUUCUUCUUUGUAGAAAAAAGUUGCCGCCUCAAGCAAAGUAGCCGAAACGUUUCGUCGGCCAUCGGUGCUUAUUGAAACCCCUGAACACACCACACAAAUGGUGACGCCGACCUUCUUAUAGUCAAAACCGCGAUAGAGUCUACCCGAACAAAUACCACAGUUCUAGCUGGGGAUGACACAGAUUUGUUAGUCCUUCUGUGUUAUCAUGCUUCCGAAGUUGUCUGUGACCUCUAUUAAACACCAGAACCAAAGGCAAACGCAAGAGGUGCACGCGUCUGCCAUAUGAAGAGAGUCAAAGAACAGCUGGGUAAGGAAGUUUGCAGUAAUCUUUUUUCUUCACGCCGUCAGCGAUGCGACACGACAUCACUCCUCUAUGGAGUUGGCAAGGCAACAGCUCAGUGAGAAUUUGAGACUGUGCUACACUUCAAAGAAUAAGCUAAAGUCUUCAGCUGUCAUUCUACUGUUUCCGACGUUGUCAGUGUAA